AUGGACAACAUGUUAGAUCUAUCUGAGAGCAGGCAAGAGAUUAUGGACAGAGUGGCAGAUGUAAUCGGGAAAGCCCUGGACUACAGAAAUUCUCUGGACACCUACGCUUAUCUCUGGGUAGAUGACAGGGCUGAGUUUAUGAAGCAGUUUCUGCUGUAUGGUCAUGUUCUAACUUCCGAAGAGGUAGAAGCUCAUGCCGAUGAGGGAGUGCCUGAACAGCCGCCUACUACCGAGCAGUUUAAAGAACAGAUUGACAUCUAUGAGAAUCUUUACAUUCAGAUGAGCAAGUUUGAAGACUUCAGAACAUUUGAAAGCUGGUUUAAGGUGGAUAUGAAACCUUUCAAAAUUAGUUUGUUAAACAUUAUUAAGAAAUGGAGCUGGAUGUUCAAAGAACAUCUUUUGAGAUUUGUCAUUGGCAGUCUGACUGACCUAGAAGAGUUCAUAAAAGUGACAGAUACUGGACUCAAAAAAGAAGUGAAUGAAGGAGAUGAUAAUCGACUAAUAGAAAUCAUGGGGCAUCUCCUGGCUGUGAGAGACAGACAGGCAUCUACUGAUGAGCUCUUUGAACCUCUAAAAGAGACUAUUACACUGUUGGAAAGCUAUGGACAGAAGUUGUCAGACCAAGUUUAUGUCCAGUUACAGGAAUUGCCUGAAAAAUGGAAUACCACCAAAAAAAUUGCUGCGUCUAUAAAGCAUGAAGUGGCUCCUCUUCAGACUUCUGAGGUCACGCUGAUCAGGAAAAAAUGUGCUUCAUUUGAUGGGAAGCAGAUAGAAUUCAGAGAAAGAUUUAGAGUGGAAGCUCCCUUUUGCUUUGAUGCAAAAAAUCCGUAUGUACUUCUAGAUAAGGAAAAUCGAGAGCUUGAGGCAUUGGAAGAAGAAAUGUUACAAAUGCAGAAAUCUGCAAAUCUUUUUGAAGUGGUUGUUCCAGAUUACAAACAAAUGAAACAAUGUCGCAAAGAAAUACGGUUGCUCAAGGAAGUGUGGGAUAUUAAUAUUUAUGUUACAAGCAACAUUGAUGAUUGGACUAAAACCCAGUGGAGACAGAUUAAUGUGGAACAGAUGGAUGCAGAGCUCAGAAGGUUUGCCAAGGAAGUGUGGUCAUUGGACAAGGAAAUUCGCUCCUGGGAUGUAUACAUAGGUCUGGAGUUAACAGUGAAGAACCUAAUGACCUCACUGAGGGCAGUAACAGAAUUGCAGAAUCCUGCAAUAAGAGAAAGACACUGGCACCAACUCAUGAAUGCAACAGGUGUCAGAUUGUCAAUAACUGAAGGCACAACCUUAGCAGACUUGCUGGGACUACAGCUGCAUAAGGUGGAAGAUGAAGUCCGAAGCAUUGUUGACAAAGCAGUGAAAGAGCUGGGCACUGAGAAGAUUCUUACAGAGAUCAGCCAAACAUGGGCUACCAUGGAGUUCUGCUAUGAAAAGCAUUACAGAACCAGAACUCCAUUAUUAAAAUCUGAUGAACAGCUUUUUGAAACUUUAGAGAACAAUCAGGUUCAGUUGCAAACAAUUCUGCAAAGUAAGUAUGUAGCAUAUUUCAUUGAACAAGUCACAAGUUGGCAAAGGACAUUGAAUGUGGCAGACUCAGUUAUUUUCAUUUGGAUGGAAGUUCAACGCACAUGGUCUCAUCUAGAAAGCAUCUUCAUUGGCUCUGAUGAUAUCAGAACCCAGUUGCCUGAAGACGCUAAAAGAUUUGAUGGAGUUGAUGCAGACUUCAAAGAAUUAAUGAUUGAGACAACAAAUACAAAAAAUGUGCUAGAAGCAACAACCAAACCAAAUCUAUAUGAAAAACUUGAAAGUCUGCAACACAGGCUUUCUCUUUGUGAAAAAGCUCUUGCAGCGUAUUUAGAAACCAAGCGCUUAGCUUUUCCUCGGUUCUAUUUUGUUUCUGCAGCUGAUUUACUUGACAUUCUCUCAAAAGGAACACAGCCAAGACAGGUGACCCAUCAUCUUACCAAACUUUUUGACAACAUUGCUGAUCUUCAGUUUCAAGAUAAUAAAGAGAAAGCUACAAAUAUUGCACUGGGGAUGUACAGCAAAGAAAAGGAAUAUGUUCCAUUCCAUGCAGAAUGUGAAUGCAUUGGUCAGGUGGAGACCUGGUUACAACAACUCGAAGAAACCAUGUGUAAAACAGUGCAUCGUUAUAUCAUGGAGGCUAUAGCUGCCUAUGAAGAAAAGCCCAGAGAGCAAUGGAUUUUUGACUACCCGGCUCAAGUUGCACUUACCAGCUCACAAAUCUGGUGGACGACAGAUGUAGGAAUAGCAUUCAACAGGCUGGAGGAGGGAUUUGAAAUGGCCCUGAAGGAUUACAAUAAAAAACAGAUCACUCAGCUAAACGCUCUCAUUGCUUUGUUGCUGGGAGAACUUGCCUCAGGUGACAGACAGAAGAUCAUGACCAUUUGCACUAUAGAUGUUCAUGCUCGAGACGUGGUGGCAAAACUUGUUGCUCAAAAGGUCACUAGUUCCCAAGCUUUUGCUUGGCUGUCACAACUACGCCAUAGAUGGGAUGAGGCCCAGAACCACUGCCUAGCCAACAUUUGCGAUGCUCAGUUCCAGUACUUUUAUGAGUAUUUGGGAAAUACCUCUCGGCUAGUUAUUACACCUCUGACUGACAGGUGUUACAUUACUCUAACACAGUCUCUACACCUGACAAUGAGCGGGGCUCCUGCAGGGCCAGCUGGCACAGGCAAAACAGAGACCACCAAAGACCUGGGCCAUGCCCUUGGUAUGAUGGUCUAUGUCUUCAACUGUUCUGAACAGAUGGACUAUAAGUCCAUAGGAAACAUCUACAAAGGUUUGGUCCAGACAGGUGCUUGGGGAUGCUUUGAUGAGUUUAAUCGAAUUUCAGUAGAAGUCCUAUCAGUGGUGGCAGUGCAAGUAAAGACUAUACACGAUGCCAUUAGAAAUAAGAGGAAGAAAUUUUUAUUCCUUGGAGAAAACAUUACACUGAAACCAUCAGUUGGGAUAUUUAUUACCAUGAACCCAGGAUAUGCUGGUCGAACAGAACUACCUGAAAAUCUCAAAGCUCUAUUCAGACCCUGUGCCAUGGUUGUCCCUGACAUUGAACUGAUCUGUGAAAUUAUGUUGGUUGCUGAGGGAUUUAUUGAUGCACGCUUGUUAGCCAGGAAGUUUAUUACCCUGUAUACUCUCUGCAGGGAGCUGCUUUCUAAACAGGAUCAUUAUGAUUGGGGACUUCGUGCUGUUAAGUCAGUCUUGGUGGUUGCUGGCUCAUUGAAGCGAGGAGACAAGAACAGACCUGAGGAUCAGGUACUUAUGCGAACCUUAAGAGACUUCAACUUGCCUAAAAUAGUGACAGAUGAUAUCCCAAUUUUCAUGGGCCUGAUCAGUGACCUGUUUCCUGCUCUGGAUGUUCCAAGGAGGAGGGACCUGCAAUUUGAACAGAUGGUUAAACAAUCUACCCUGGAGCUUCACUUGCAGCCUGAGGAGAGCUUUAUUCUCAAAGUUGUUCAGCUGGAGGAGCUUCUGGCAGUGCGUCACUCUGUCUUUGUGGUGGGAAAUGCAGGCACGGGAAAGAGCAAGGUUCUGAGAACUCUGAAUCGAACAUAUGUGAACAUGAAACAAAAGCCUGUGUGGAAUGACCUAAACCCAAAAGCUGUGACCACUGAUGAACUGUUUGGUUUUAUACAUCAUGCAACCCGGGAAUGGAAAGAUGGCUAG